CCAGGCUGGUGCUGCUGCAGUCAGUGACCUGGCCCCUCUCGCUUCUCCCUGACAACUCUGAGCUUGCUCCUCUCUCUCCAGUCAUGAUCGCCAGACAGCAGGGCAUCCGAGGCGGGUCCCGUGGCUUUAGCUGUGGCUCGGCCAUCGUAGGUGGGGUCAAGAAGGCUGCUUUCAGCUCGGCCUCCAUGUCUGGGGGUGCAGGCCGCUGCUCCUCUGGGGGCUUCGGCAGCAGAAGCCUCUACAGCCUCGGGGGGAACAAGAGCAUCUCCAUCAGCAUGGCCGGGUGCCGGCAGGGUGCCGGCUUCGGGGCUUCAGGUGGCUUUGGGGCUGCUGGAGGUUUUGGCUCUGGUUUUGGUGCCGGCGGCUUUGGCGGUGGAUUCGGGGGCUCCUUCGGUGGACGAGGUGGUGCUGGCUUCCCGGUCUGCCCUGCUGGAGGGAUUCAGGAAGUCACCAUCAACCAGAGCCUGCUGACCCCACUCCAUGUGGAGAUCGACCCUGAGAUCCAGAAGGUCCGGACUGAGGAGCGUGAGCAGAUCAAGCUCCUCAACAACAAGUUUGCCUCCUUCAUUGACAAGGUGCGGUUCUUAGAGCAGCAGAACAAGGUGCUAGAGACCAAAUGGAAACUCCUCCAGCAGCAGACGACUACCACAUCUGUCAAAAACCUCGAGCCCUUCUUUGAGGCCUACCUCAAUGCCCUGAGGAAGCAGGUGGAUACCUUAGCCAACGACAAGGGACGUCUGCAGUCUGAGCUGAAGAUCAUGCAGGACAGUGUGGAGGACUACAAGACCAAGUAUGAAGAGGAAAUCAACAAACGCACAGCUGCUGAAAAUGACUUUGUGGUCCUCAAGAAGGACGUGGAUGCUGCCUACAUGAACAAGGUGGAGCUGGAGGCCAAGGUGGAUGCCCUCAACGAUGAGAUCAACUUCCUGAGGGUCCUCUAUGCUGCGGAGCUGUCCCAGAUGCAGACCCAGGUCAGCGACACAUCCGUGGUCCUCUCCAUGGACAACAACCGCAACCUGGAUCUGGACAGCAUCAUCGCUGAGGUCCGGGCCCAGUACGAGGAGAUUGCCCAGAGGAGCAAGGCCGAGGCCGAGGCCCUGUACCAGACCAAGGUCCAGCAGCUUCAGAACUCAGUGGACCAACAUGGAGACAGCCUGAAGAACACCAAGAAUGAGAUUUCAGAGCUUAACAGGAUGAUCCAGAGGCUGCGGGCUGAGAUUGAGAAUGUCAAGAAGCAGUGCCAGACUCUGCAGGGAUCUGUGGCCGAUGCAGAGCAGCGUGGGGAGGUGGCCCUAAAAGAUGCCUACAGCAAGCGCACAGAGCUAGAGGCCGCCCUGCAGAAGGCCAAGGAGGAGCUGGCCCGUGUGCUGCGAGAGUACCAGGAUCUCCUGAGCGUCAAGCUGGCCCUGGACAUCGAGAUCGCCACCUACCGCAAGCUGCUGGAGGGCGAGGAGUGCAGAAUGUCUGGAGAAUGCCAGAGUGCUGUGAGCAUCUCUGUGGUUGGCGGCGCUGCCAGCGCAGGAGGGCUCGGUGGAGGGUUAGGAGGCAGCUCUGGAUUUGGCCUGGGCUCUGGCUCCUGCACAGGAGGCCUUGGUGGAGGGUUAGGAGGCAGCUCUGGAUUUGGCCUGGGUUCUGGCUCCGGAGGUGGCUUUGGAUUCGGUGGUGGCAUCGGCGGCAGUUCCAGCGGCAAGAUCAUCUCUACAACCACCCUGACCAAGAAAUCCUUCCGAUAAAGGAGACGGGGGUCCUGCAGCCCUCUGCGGCCAGCCUGCCCAGCCCUGGUGUCUCUGCUUCCUUCACCCCACCUCCACUCUCCUUUCCUGGGGCUCGUCUUACCAGUGUCACCUCAGUGCCAGGACGUGGACUCUGCUCUCUUAGAGUUUGGUAGCUUCUUCCUGAUUUGGGCUUGUGAUCCAGCUGGAAUGGGAGAGGUGUCGACUGACUCUUCACCUCCCAUGGACAGAGGAGAAUCCAACCGGGUGCUUAUCUCCAGGAUUAUCAGGGUCAUGUGUCCCCUCCCAGCCCAGCGCUGCCUCCCAGCAGAUCCUGCAUCUCCCUCUACAUCAGGACCAAACUCUUUCUCCAUCCCUGGGCAGCAACCAACCCUGCAAGGUCGGGACAAGAACCCCUGAGUACCCUGUCCACUCUUCUCCUUCCCUUUAGCCAUCUUUGGGUGAAUCGUCAAUAAAACGCCUUUGUCAUUCAA